AUGCUGUCCAGCCCCAUAAGUCCCAACACCCCUUUCUCGGUCAAAGACAUUUUAAAGCUGAAACAGCAAAGCAGCUUCGCCUCACCAAGACUGCUGCGAGAGACCCCCGGCCUCCCGUUCGCACCCCCGGCUUUUAUGCAUAAAGACCCACCGGUUGCCUUCAGCCCCUUCGAAAGGAGAGAGGAUUAUCGGCGAGGGAAAGGGGGCACCGAGGAAGAGGAGCCCCAGAGGGACGGAGAUGCGCGCCUAACAGACGCGCAACAUAAUCAGCGAACGGGCCGUGAAGCCAUUCGCUCUCUGGCCCGUUCCCAAAUGAGGCGUGAUUUGGACCUCCCUGACUGCCCCAGGCCAAGGCAGCACAGGAAGCCCCGGGUUUUGUUUUCCCAGGUGCAGGUAUUUGAGCUAGAGAGACACUUCAAGCAGCAGAAGUACUUGUCUGCCCCUGAGAGGGACCAUCUGGCCAGCCUCUUGAAACUCACCUCCACCCAAGUCAAGAUCUGGUUCCAAAACAGGAGGUACAAAAGCAAGAGGCAGUGCCAGGAUAACACCUGGAAGCUCUCGGCUCCUCCUCUUUCUCAUUCCCUCCCACCCCGAAAGGUGGCUGUCCCUGUCCUGGUAAGGGAUGGCAGGCCAUGCCUUGGGGAUUGCCAGGCUUACUCAGCCCCAUCCAGCCUGGCAGUCAGCCCUUAUGCCAGCUACCUCAGUGCCUGCAGCAAUUUGCCCUGCAGUGCUAACUACAGCUGUAGUUACCCCAUGGGAUCCUCUUUGCUGUGA